AAUGUGUCCCGCUGCCGUCGCUCGGAAUCCUUUGCUGCGCCAGAUUCAAUUGUGGUGACUCUGAUCCAGGCCUUAGCCCAGACAGGGGUCCCCCUUUCGGAGGCAGAGUUCUUUGAGGCUCUUGUGCGGCAGGCAGGGGCUAGACGACCACUCCCCUCCCUUGCACAGCUCUAUCGUAGCUUCCUUCCUGCCCUGAGACGACAGCAUGAAUCGGCUCUUUGCCACAGCCUUUGGCAGCGGGAUGCCUUUGUCUUCCUUCAUGAGGCUACCACAGACGAUGGGCGGGCAGCCCUUGGCCUCUCCCUUCUGCCUCUUAACAGACUUGGGAAGGCUCCACUGCUUCUCGGGAUUGAGGUCCUGGAACAGUUGAGCCAUCCCUUAGUGGCCCGUGCUGUGGCCCGCAUGCUGAGUGAAGGGCACGUUUUGUUCCACCGCGUACUGGCUGUGGUCACUUCAGGGGGUGCGCCUAUGAUCCAGGCCUUUGCUGCCAAUGGGAUUUUAGGUGCGGUGUUGCCAGCUGCCCUUCACGUUCCUUGCUUGUACCAGCAGUUGGAGUUGGUGAUGGAGCUAUGGCAAGAUAAGUUAGAAAGGCUGGCUUCACUGCAGCAUCUUCUGAAAGAGACAUUUGGACGGCGCCCAGCUCUCCGUCACCGUUACGCCCUAUUCCUGAAAGAGCAUGAACUGAAGCUGUCCCUCCCUGUGUGCAACAGGCAGGCUGGCCCUGAGGUUUGGUUGGAGAAAGCAACAGGCAUUGCACAACAUCUCCCCCUUCUGAGGGAAUUUGUAGCAACUGAUGAAGUCGAGGGGCCCAUUAUGGUGAAAUUGCAGAGUAUCCUGGUGGAGAAUGACAAGGAACUGGUGGCGGAAGCCACUUUUGUAGGCGAGCAUGCCCAAGGUCUGUUGGCCGUGGCACGGUUUCUCCGCCAGACAGGUGAGCCACUGGCCCACCGAAUCUACGGGGAACUAGAUUCCUUGCGAGUUUCUUUCUCCUAUCACUUAGAUGCAAGGCUGGGGCCCAACACAGAGCAGCAUCUGGCUGUGUGCCCACCUCAGCUGGCAAAACAGUUUCAUCAAAUCUUAGCUCAGAGCCUGAGUCGCCUGGAGCAUUUGUUUGACUCUCACCCUGCGAUGCCCACCUUGAAAGCAGUGCGGGCACUUGAUCCCAAGCAACUGGGGGCUGUAGGAUGGAGCCAGAUAGAGCCCGACCAUGGGGUCCCCGGCCUUUCGGAGGUGCCAGAAAUGGAAUGGUUUCGGUAUCAACAUUUAGCUGACGCAGCUCCUGCUGAUGUCUCCCUGCCUCAGUGGUGGGAGGCACAAGCUGAGCAGCUUCCUGUGCUGACCCCUCUGGCCCGGCAAUAUCUCUGGCUGCCUGCCUGUUCUCCCAAGUCUCCCUUCCUCCCAGGAGGUUUCUUCAACCUACCAGAGGCUGAGGAUGGCUUUACACGGGACGGUGCACGUCUCUUAUGCAUGCUUAGGUAUAACCGCAGGCUCCUUUAA